AAAGAAACAAAACUUACGUUUUUUCCCGUUGGGUUGAACUCACUCAUUGUCAACAGACACUUCCCCUCCUUCCCUAGUUGUAUGUGUAAAGCCUGCACUGAUUGUCAAUUAUCGAAUAUAUGUCCCAGGGCUCAGGGCUGAAGGCCCACCCCAAUCUAACUUCUUGAGGGGGGGCUCCAGCCCCGGGUCCGUUUUCUUGAGGGACUGCCAAGCGGGAAGGCCUCCAACCGCCCACCUUCGAGCCCUCGCGGCUUCUUGCAGGUACCCGACAGAACCCAAACCCCUGAGGCCGUUCAAACACCGACGGCCGGGGGUGGAAGGCGGCAAAGGUGGCAAGGCUUGCGCCCCCCUUGCCGUGUUGCGUGUGCCCUACUCCUCACUGGGGGACCUCCUCGGGGGGUGGAGGGCCUCCGAGGGCAGCAGAUGGCAAGGUUGGCCCCCUCGCCGCGUGGCAUGUGCCCUACAGACCUCCCGUCUGCGGGCUCCUCACUGGAGGAGUGUAGCCCCUGCUGCCCCCCAUGAGGGCAAAAGGGGCCAGGCCUCGCGACCGUGGCCGCCUUCAGCGGCCUUCUUCUCCCGGGAGCCGUCCCUCUGAUACGGUCCAAGAGUUGGGACGCCUGUGGGGUACGCGCGGAGAGCCUCCGGCCCCGCCUUUUUAGGCCUCCUCCCCCGUGAGUCCUUACAUGUCAGCACCGCGAAAAAAGGGCGCGCGGACGCCGCCGCCGCUCCAUCCACAGGGGGGCCUCCCGUGAGGUGGUGCAAACGCCCGGGGCAGAGCUGUCCAAAUUAGUCCCCCCGCGUAGCCCCCCUAUUAUAAGGCUGGCCUUCUUGCUCUUCUUUGAUGCGUCACGCGUCACGCGCGACCUCCGGACCGAUCAGGGAUCCAUGGGCCGACCGGGGAUCCAUGGAUCGGGUCGAUCAGUGAUCCGUGGCCCAAUUAGUGACCACGGACCGAUCAGUGGCCCGCGGGUCGUCGAUCAGUGGCCCACGGGUCGAUCAGUGAUCCACGGAUCGACCUGUGGCCCACGGCUCGAUCAGUGACCCCUGGAUCGAUCAAGGAAUCCCGGAUCGAUCAAAGAUUCGCGGAUCGGUCAAGGCGGCGCGGAUCGGUCAAGGAGUCGCGGAUCGAUCAAGGGCGCGCGGAUCGGUCAUGUCUUCGCGGAUUGCUCAGUGAUCCGUGGAUCGAUCAGUGAUCCAUGGAAGUGGGUCGAUCAGUGACCCGUGGAAGUGGAUCGAUCAGUGAUCCGUGGAAGUGGGUCGAUCGGUGACCCGUGGAUCGAUGGAUCAGUGACCCGUGGCGCGAUCAGUGAUCCGUGUGUCGAUCAGUGACCCGCGGGCCGAUCAGUGACCCGCGGACCGAUCAGCGACCCGCAAGCCGAUCAGUGGCCGCUGGCCGGUGGAUCACUCGGCGAUCCGUGGAUCGAUCAGUGAUCCGUGAAUCGAUCAGGGAUCCGCGGCGCGAUCAUUGGCCCGCGGAUGGAUCAGUGAUCCGCGGCUCGAUCAGAGGCCCGUGGAUCGAUGUCGAUCAGUGGCCCAUGGUUCGACCAGUGAUCCGUGUUUCGAUCAGUGAUCCGCGGAUCGAUCAAGGGUCCGGGGAUCGAUGUCGAUCUGUGGCCCGUGGAUCGAUCAGCGGCCCGUGGGUCGAUCACUGCUCCGGGGGUCAAUCAUCAAGGACUCGCGGAUCGACCAGUUAAUUAUCCACGGAUCGAUCAAGGAUUCGCGGACCGCUCAAGUAUUCCCGGAUCGAUCAAGGGGCCACGGAUCGACCAAGGAAGCGCACACUUUUGCGCGCUGCGUCACGCUUGAAAUUGAGCACAGAAAUCGCGUCCACCCCCGAAGCUCUCCGCGUCACGCGGUGGGCGUCACGCGUCACGAACAGCUCCGCGGCGUUCCGUAAGUCCCACGGGGCCCCCCUCCCUGGUACAUAUAUCACAUGCCUGCAAGCUUCAUCGCGCGGGGAGUCGUUUCUUUUUUGUUUCACAUUGACUGAUUAGAUAACUUUGCCCAAAAAGGUUUAUUCAUAUUGGGUAUUCUUCAACCUCGACCUCACAGCAAAAAUAUAGCCUCUAGAGUUCAGAAUACAGACAUCGUACAGUCAAGGUACUACGUCACUAGUUGUUUCUGGUAGUUUUCCUUUCCUUGGGUGCGCUCAAGAAACAAGAACGUCAUACGAAGAUGGGGCUGCUUAACAUCCUCAAAAAGCUGAAAAAGAAUGAAAAGGAGGCGAGAAUAUUGGUACUCGGUCUCGAUAACGCCGGAAAGACCACGAUAUUGAAGAAGCUCUCCGAAGAGGACAUCUCUCACAUUAUGCCGACACAAGGUACUCACUUCAUCGAGCAUCCACACUAAUUGUAGCCGCUUCUUCCGGCGUGCCGCUUCCCGGGAGAACCCUCUCGAUACGUUUUAAUUUGAAUCGUAGGACCUUUUUGAUCCCUGACGUGUAAAACGGGUGUACUCAAUUACAUAUUAUCUUGCUGGCUCCCAAAGUCGUCUAUUGCUGCACGGACUCUUGAAAAUACCAGGUUUUAACAUCAAGUCUUUGGUGCAUGACGGUUUCAAGCUUAAUGUAUGGGAUAUUGGAGGUCAGAAGACGAUCCGGCCAUACUGGAGCAAUUAUUUCGAGUCAUCAGACUGCUUGGUAAAGAACUUCUUCUUCUAUUCUGUUCGUUGGCCACCUCUAGUAAUGGAAUGCUACGACUUUUGAUGCUGGUGGUUUAUUUGGUGCAAAAGGAAAAGAUGGAAUGUGGCGAUGAGUUCAGGAAGUAUCGAUUCAACUUUUUGACAACAAACAGGUAUAUGUGAUUGACUCCUCGGAUAGGCGGAGGCUGGAGGAGAGUGGCUCCGAGUUGAACGAGUUGCUUCAGGAGGACAAGCUAUCAUCGAUUCCGUUGUUGAUCUUCGCCAACAAUUAUGGCAAGAUUCAUUUUUUGCUGUGUCCAUCAAAUGUGGUUACUACUUUGAUGUUGACAUCGAUUCGUCGUUCUGCACUGGGAUUACAUUCCUUUUCCAUGGAGUUCGUACACCUGCUCCGCCGUCCUCCUAGAAGUAGUCGACCACUUAAAUAUUCGAUACGGAGCUCCUCCAUGAUGCCCGCUCAUUGAUCCCUUCCGUUCGAGAUUGUAUACAGUGAGAAGUCAUAGCGCUAAUGUUGGCAGGACUUGCUGCAGGCGCUGCCAGCGAACGAGAUUGCGGAGGAGCUUAGUUUGCAUAACAUUCGCGAUCGAACAUGGACAAUUCAGGCCUGCAGUGCUAAGGCAGGUGAGGGACUGCAGGAGGGGAUGGAAUGGCUUGUGGGACACAUGAAUAGCAAAUAAACCACUUCGCAGGAACACUUACAUCUGGUUCUGCGCUCUCUGGUGCAACAUGUUGUUGUUGUUGUUCUUGUUGUUGUUCGAGUUGUCGGAGGGAGAAACAGCGAGCGACGAGAACUAGCGGUUUUGGGUGAAGAACAAAUUAACAACGAGCAAGCAGACCCUUCCCUUAGACAAAGUUUCAUGUGGCGCGAUCAACUUUGGUCAACAUUCGUAGCACAUUCAUUGGUACUCAAGCACCAGCUUUUUUUUGUCGUAGCAUCAAUAUUCGCUCUCUUUCUCAGAUGUUUGAAGAUGACAUCUUUUUCUAAUGCUUUACACUUGAUCAAUCCCGAAUAAUGCAAGUACAAUUAUCUACGACGAAAUACGAAAUACUAAAAAAUGGAAGGAGAAGCUGCAGAUCAGAUUGAUGUCUGACUAGUAACAAGUCCAUCAUCAACCCCAUUUCUCCAUUUGUGUAAAGCAACAUCGAAAAACCGAGCUGCUGCCAAAACAUAGCAAAUCUAGGCACGGAGAAAUUAAGGUCGUGGGGAAAAGAACUUGUAUUGGUACAAAGGGGUCUUUUUAACCUGGUAUAAGGUCAUUUCCUAUCACGACCUGCACCAGCUAAACGGGCUGCGAGACAAGGCAACAGGUAACAAUUAUAUGUUCAAAACACUAGUAUGAUGUUGUAUCAUCACAAAAUGAAGAACAGAUAGUCUUAGUUUAGUUACAACUGCGUUGAUUUCACUCAUCAAGCUAUACAGUCACGUGCAAUGAUCACAAUCGAGCGAGAACAUCAGCCUCUCUAUCGUGUUUUCCCUACAGGACCUAAGAGGCCAUGGCGAUCACAAAACGUGAAGUCACAUCAAAACACGAUUAGAUCGUGUGCCGUGAAGCUCCACUGCUUCUACAAGACAAUGUCAAAGUUCAUUCUGAAGACCAAAAUUUACGUGAACGUUCGAGUAUUUUCUCUGAGUUAGAUGAAGGUUAUCCAUGUACAACAACAACUUCCUAAAGUGGCACGAGAAAAACUUUUCACCAAACUCCGAUACCGUGAUCCCCACUCAGUUCCUUUUUCUUGAGGUGUCGCUCGUUGCUUAUGUGAACGUUAAAAAUGCAAAGAGAUCCUAGGAGGCCUAGCACUAUUGUUUCAAAAAGAAAGUUCCGACAAAAAUCUAAUGAAGAUCUCUGCAUUAGUUAUGGAAGAACGAGAAGAAGUUGAGACGUGCUAAAGCAUCCGAAAGAAAUUUUGAAACGUGUGUAUCUCUAAAGUUCAGAGACAGACGCCUGAUCCUGCUUCUGAUUUGUGCGAAGAUCACGAAAAAUGAGAUGAUGUUGUGCGAAGAUCAAGAAAAUUUUUUUUCUGAAAUCUCCAAAUCCAAAUCCAAAUGGUUCCUGUUGUCAUAAAUGGGAAGCGGGAGCGAGUUCCCGU